AUGCUCGUCGACGGGGGAAAUUUAUUGGUUAAGCAUCGUAGUGAUGAUAAUGAUGUUGCAUGGCGAUGCAGACAUUUCCAAAAUGGUUGUAAAGCUCGAGCGCUUACGACACCUGAGCUAUGCAGCGGAAAAUUUUUGAAAAGGACGGGAAUUCAUUAUCAUGCGUCUAAUAUUGGUGAAGUUAAUGCUAAGAAAGUGAUGGAAGAAGGGAAGAGAAUGAUGAAGACUGAUUCGGGGCCAGUAUCUAAUGUUGUUACACACGUUGUUGGGAAAGGUGACAAUGCAACUACCGCACGGCUUCCUGCUGUGGAUAAUAUGAAACGCACAUUCCGUCGUUAUCGUGCUCAACAUAAUUCUCUUCCAGCUGAUCCCAAAUCCGCUAAUGAGCUGACUAUCCCUGAGGAGUUCAGGCACACAUUGAAAGGUGACCCAUUUUUGUUUUGGGAUUCUCGGGACGAUGGACAAUCAACACGGACUUUGGUGUUUACAACCAGUGAAAAUCUCGAGAUCAUGGCAUCGUGUAAAAUGUGGUUUGCUGAUGGAACAUUUGAUUGUGUGCCACAUGUAUUUCAACAGCUGUAUACUAUUCAUGGUGUUCGGGAUGACAUACAACCAGUUCCUCUCGUGUUUAUUUUGAGUACAAGUAAAAGUAAGAAAGUUUAUAAGGAUGUGUUGAUGAGAUUGAAAAGAUGUGAGCCUCGUUUGAACCCGAAAAAAGUCAUGUGUGAUUUUGAAUUGGCAUUUCACCAGGAAGUAGUGGACGUAUUCCCUGAGACAAUCGUCAAGGAUUGUUUUUUUCAUUUCGCCCAAAGUGUGUGGUCACACAUUCAGGGGACUGGGUUGCAAGAGCAGUACAUGGGGAUGCGAUGUGAGGACCUGUCUGCCGCUUACGAUGCUUUGAUGGAAUCGAAGUUUUAUGUGAAUAAUAAAGAAUUAUUGAAUCCACUUUUGGAUUAUUAUGAGAAGACUUGGCUUGGAGAGGUUAAUCGUCGGGGUGUUCGUCGUCCACCCAGGUUUGAUCCGUCAUUAUGGAAUCACUAUGAUUCCGUUAAGAAUCAUGAGCCUCGCGCUACUGAAUUAAAAAUUCAUCAACAGGAGGCUGGACGUGAAGGACCGAAGAAAAGAAGAAAAAAUGUGGACUAUGAAGCACGUUUGGAACGAGUUGUGGAUAGAUAUGAUGCUGGACGGGUUGUGAAAUAUUCGGAGAAUGUGGCUCAAAAUGUUGACUUUUAA